AUGGGCAAGAAACAAAAAACCAGCCAUGAGCCGCACUCGCCGCUUUUUUUGAUGCUCGUGAGGCAUCUUGCACUGGGCAAGCUGUCUGCUUCAGAAAUUCAUGAGUUUGCAGACUGUGCGGUGAAAUCUGGAAGCUCAGCAGAAGACUUGCUGAAACUGCAGGCCUUAGGAGCCCAUGGUGAAUCGCCACAGAACUGCCACAGAGACAUUUCCAGGUGGAUCUUCAAGAACAUGUGCUCCCCAGAAAGCACCAGCAUCAGAACACCUGUUCUGGUCAGGGAUUUGAAUGGUGAGAAGAAGAUGAUGGAGAAGGACAUCCCUGUGAACUUGCCCCAUGCCUGGAUCGACCAGCUCUCUGAGCAUGGGUUUUUGGAAACAGUCAUGGCUCCCGAAGCAGAAAUCCGGACAUUCUGGAGCAAGCAGCUCUGGAAAGAAAACCCUCAGUUCCGCCAGGAUACAAAGUACUGGAAGGCCAUAGAUUUCCAGGCAGAGGCCCCUAUCCCACUCGUGCUUCACGGAGACGCAGCUCCAUAUUCGGAGAUUGACUCCACGAUGGCAAUAUCGAUGCGAUGCAUGGUCAGCAAUGUGAGUGUGCAGUUUUCGCAGCUUAUGCUGGUGAACAUGCCGAAGAACGCCACUGAGGACUGGGACAGAACUUGGGACCCAAUCUGGAAGGAACUGUCGGAGUCCUUCAAGAAGCUCGACCUGACGCAGCACCACCUCUGGAGUGUUCCGGGGGUCGGCUUCUGGACGGUCAAACUGGAUCUGUUGCAUUUGAUGGAUCUUGGCAUUUCUUGCCACAUCUUUGCAAACCUGCUGUGCGACAUUUUGGAUACACUGCCAGGGAGCAGCUUGGAGGCCAGGUUGAAAGUCUUGAACCCGAAAAUUUCGCAGAUAUAUGAAGACCUGGAGAUACCGACGGCUGAACGGUUUCCGAAAUUGCUGCGAAGCAAUUUGAUUGCAGACACUGGAUACCCGACUUUGAAGCACAUCAAAAGCAGGACUGUUCGGAAGUUUUCGCCAGUAGCUGUACGGUUGGCCACGGAAUAUAGUGAUGAACCGUCUACGAGAUCUAUGCACAGAAAAGCUUGUGUGGAGUGUUUGGACAAAGUGUACAGCAUGGCAGCUGAGAAGAAAUGGGCUUUUUCUUCAAAGGAUUUCCCAGUUUUCGAAGAUGCAGUGCAAGGAACAUUGUCCCACUAUCAUUUCCUGGCGAAAGAUGCAUUGAAGAGGAAGCUUCUGAAAUACAGCAUCACCCAGAAGUUCCACCUCUUUUACCACUUCGGGCAGCAGUCAAAAUAUCUGACGCCGAGAUGUGUUUGGUGCUAUGGCCCUGAGUCGUACCUGGCGAUUGUGAAAGCUGUGACUGCAAGCUGCUCUCGUGGAACUGCCAGCUACCAGGUUGUGGGAAAGGGCUUCGACGAGAUCCGCUUCGCGUGGAACCCGCAAGAGGUCUGCAAGGAUUACCUGCACAAGUGGGUCCUCAAGCACAAGAUCCUCUGUCGUAUGGAAGACAUCGUCCCCUCUGACUGGUUUCACCUGAAGUCCUCAGAGUGGCAGAAAGUCCUGGCUGACUGGCAUAGCAAGCAAGGAGAGUUUGCGGCCAAGCAGGCUUACCGGGAUGAGGAUCUUCCAGAACUGGAUGGGUCGUCCGUCACCGACGUGAUGUCAGUGCCGGACAUCUGCAAUGUCGUCAGUGGGGAGCCGCUGUUUGCCAAGUUCACUUUCGAGGACUGGGCGCUGCUGAGUCUGCGAUUGGAGCUUCACCUGCUGGUCCACAGCUUCCGACGCGAUGCCCAGGACGACGAGCGAAUAGGCAUCCAUGAGUCGCAUCUGCCAUUCUACUACAACAAGUACUAUAAGAAGACCUUCAACGUGAAGCACUACGGGGUGGAGAACAAUGCCGCCCUGCUCUCGUUCAUCAAGGACACCGUUGCGAUCAACCCUGAGAACAUGGUGAUUCAGGCUCAGCUCGCGGAAGAAGUCGACAGCUUCGACAUCUUCGUCAAACUGACGGAGGAAGCGCGGCGAGAGCGAUUCAAGAAGCUGGAGCAAGGGGAUGAGCGACUUGGCCGUAUCUUCAUCUAG